GCAGACCGGCGCUGCAACUCUUGCUGUGAUCUGGUCGACACAAGACCCCAGAUCCAAGACCCAAGACCCAACCAGACGUUCCGGCGCACAACUCGGCCAGAAGCAUGCCCGAGUGCGUCGUGGUGCAAGUUGGACAGUGUGGAAAUCAGAUCGGAUCGAGAUUCUGGGAUUUGAUCCUGCAUGAGCACGCCAAGCACAACAGAUCGGCCACCUACGACGAGUCGUUCGCAGCCUUCUUCAAGAACAAAGACUCAUCCGGCACAGCCAUCGGAUAUGGGCAGAAGGUUUCAUAUCUCGAAGCCCGAGGACUUUUGGUCGAUAUGGAAGAAGGAGUCGUCGGCCAGGUCUUGAAGAGCCGCAUCGGGGAACUUUUUUCGCACAACCAAAUCGUCACCAGCAACUCGGGCAGCGGAAACAACUGGGCGGUCGGAUAUGCCGUCUAUGGCCCCGAAUACCGGGAGAGGCUGCUCGAUGCCCUCCGUAUCGAAGCCGAGCAGUGCGACUCACUGCAGUCCUAUUUUCUGAUCAACUCGAUCGGUGGAGGCACCGGCUCUGGGCUCGGAUCGUACAUGGUCGAGAUGCUCGAAGACAACUUCCCGAGAGUCCAGCGAUUUGCGUCUGUUCUCUGCCCAAGCGCAAACGACGAUGUCGUUACUUCUCCGUACAACAGCAUCUUGUCCUACUCCAAGUUGAUUGACCACGCAGAAUGUAUCUUGCCGAUCGAGAACCAAGCGCUGGCUGACAUCUGUGAUCGCGUUGGAAGCUUCGCCGGUAGCCACGGAAGGCCAAAGAGGGAGGCUAUCAAGCCUGGAAGUGCCAUCACAGACAGCCUUGGAACAGGUUCCAGGCCUUCCAACUUUGACGCCAUGAACAACAUCGCCGCCAAUCUCCUCAUAAACUUGACCAGCUCGAUGAGAUUUGAGGGCUCCCUCAAUGUUGACCUCAACGACAUUACAACAAAUCUCGUCCCGUUCCCGCGACUCAAAUGUCUGAUCUCGAGUAUGGCACCACUCUAUGUGGCCGCCGACCAUGCCGUCUACUCGCGCAACAUGGACCAGAUGUUCACCGACUGCUUUCAGCGAGACUCGCAUCUCCUCAAGGUGGAUCCCAAGUCCGGAGUAUAUCUUGGCUGUGGACUCAUCACGCGGGGCGACAUCGAACUAUCGGAUUUACGUCGGAACAUUGAAAGGAUCCGGCCAACACUCAAGUUCCCGGUUUGGAACACAGAGAAUUGGAAGACCGGCGUGUGUGCCAUCCCGCCAGCCGGACAGCCUCGUUGUGUGUUGCAAGUUUCAAAUAACACUUGCGUACAAACAUCGCUCAAAUCCAUGGUUGAGCGAUUUACCAAGCUCUACAGGCGUCGGGUCAGGCUGAACCGCAACUCCGAGAUCGUUAGACACUGGUGCAUAUAGCUGCCUCUCCAUGAUAAACUAACAGCCAUGUGCUUGCAGGCCAACCUCCAUCACUACACGAGACACAUCGAGCUGGAUUUGAUGAAAGCAAGUCUCGAAAAUGUCCGCACGCUGGCAGCUGAAUACCAGCUGCAGCACGAAUCAUGCAUGUCAUAAGUGCAGCAGAGCCGCUUUUGUCCAUUGACCACACGGAGCGAACAGCCUAUUCUGACGACAGCCACCGUUCCUGGAAUAUGGGCGCUCAACUAUUCAGUGCGCUUGGGAUGGCCAUCCUCCAUAACGCCAUGGAUGCACACGGCUUAAUCCCACACUUACACGCUGA